AAGAUGUCGGUGUGGAGCGAGGCAGGAGCCUUCACCCCUGGAGCCCAGCGGCGGCAGCAGCAGCGGCGACAGCGGCGGCAGCAGCAGCAGCAGCAGCAGUGUUGUCGCGGGGAGCAGACCGCAGCCAGCCGCAGUGGGCGCCGCAACCGCGCCAGGCGUGCGCACAGCAUCCUGAGAGUGCGCUGAGCGUGGGGACCCGCGGACCAUGCCGUGUCACCGCGACCGGGAGGGGGGCAGGAGCGCUCCUUUUUGACAUAAAAGCCAGCCGGCCAAAAAGAUUUAUAUACAUAUAAGUCCGCCCUUCACGGAGCCGGUGUGCGAAGCGUGAGCUCUAUUUCCCUCUGCCUCCUCCUUCCACUCCUCCUCCCCUCCUCCUCCUCUCCCUCCUCCUCUUUCUCCUCCUCCUAAGUGUACAGACUGCACCCUACCACCUGGUUGGCUUCUGACAAACGGGUAUCUCUCCCUUUUUAGGGACCAGAGACACAGAGAAAGAGAGAGGAGAGAGACAAGGGACAUUCUAAUGCAGACUGCCUGAUACUCCCCCCCAAAAAAUAAUAAUAAAUUUUGGCUCUUGUCCCCUCCUCCAACCCCCACCCCCUCAAGCUUGUGUGAGAUGUUGGGUUUCUUCAGGAGACACUGCUGAGAAGUCGCAGUGGUUGGAGAGGCGUAGGGGGGUGGACUCCCUCUACCUCCACUCCCUCCCUCCCUCCCCCUUUUUUCUUUCUGGGAGGAGGUGGAGGAGGAGGAGGGGAAGGGGGGUUGCAGAGCAAGCGAUGGAUGAGGAAAACAUGACGAAAAGCGAGGAACAGCAACCUCUGAGUUUGCAAAAAGCCUUGCAGCAGUGCGAGCUGGUUCAGAACAUGAUAGACCUGAGCAUCUCCAAUCUGGAAGGGCUUAGGACGAAGUGUGCAGCUUCCAACGACCUCACGCAGAAGGAGAUCCGGACCCUGGAGAGCAAGCUGGUCAAGUACUUCAGCCGGCAGCUGUCCUGCAAGAAGAAGGUGGCCCUGCAGGAACGCAAUGCCGAACUGGACGGCUUCCCCCAGCUCCGCCACUGGUUCCGGAUCGUGGACGUGCGCAAGGAAGUCCUGGAGGAGAUCUCCCCUGACCAGCUGAGCCUGGAGGACCUUCUAGAAAUGACAGAUGAGCAGGUGUGUGAGACGGUGGAGAAGUACGGAGCCAACCAGGAGGAGUGUGCCCGACUCAACGCCUCCCUGUCCUGUCUCAGGAAUGUGCACACAUCAGGAGGGAAUCUCUCCAAACAAGACUGGAUCAUCCAGUGGCCCACCACGGAGCCAGGGCAGGACAACAACCCUGUGUGCCCCCCGGAGCCCAGCUCGUGGAUCCGCACCCCCCUCUCCCAGAGCCCCAGGGUCCAGUCCAAAUGUGUCCAGCCCUUCUGUCACAGCAGCCCUACGCCUGGAGCCCCCGUGUACACCCACGUGGACAGACUCACUGUGGAUGCCUACCAGAGCUUGUGCCCGCCGCCACUUCUGGAAUCAGGCCACCGCUCCUUGCCCCCGUCACCCCGGCAGCGGCACGCAGUUCGCACCCCACCUCGUACCCCAAAUAUUGUCACCACCGUGACCCCUCCUGGCACACCACCCAUGAGGAGAAAAAACAAGCUGAAGCCUCCAGGGACGCCACCACCCUCCUCUCGGAAACUUAUCCAUCUGAUCCCCGGCUUCACGGCGCUGCACAGGAGUAAAUCCCAUGAGUUCCAGCUCGGGAACCGUGUAGAUGAGGCCAACACGCCUAAAGCCAAGAAGAAGAGCAAACCGCUGAACCUCAAGAUCCAUAGUGGCGUGGGCAGCUGUGAGAACAUCCCUGCCCAGCAGCGGUCCCCACUCCUGUCUGAGCGCUCCCUGCGGUCCUUCUUCGUGGGCCACGCGCCCUUUCUGCCCUCCACCCCACCCGUCCACACGGAGGCCAAUUUCUCCGCAAACACGCUGUCUGUACCACGGUGGUCACCGCAGAUCCCACGCAGAGACCUUGGCAACUCCAUUAAGCACAGGUUUUCCACCAAGUAUUGGAUGUCUCAGACCUGCACCGUCUGCGGGAAAGGGAUGCUUUUUGGCCUCAAGUGUAAAAACUGCAAGUUAAAGUGCCACAACAAAUGUACCAAAGAAGCCCCGCCCUGUCAUCUCCUGAUCAUCCACCGAGGAGACUCUCUUUGCUGUUUUUACCCUACGGACCCAGCAAGGUUAGUGCGCACGGAGUCGGUCCCCUGUGACAUCAACAACCCUGUCCGGAAGCCAGCACGAUAUUCAGAUCUACACAUAAGCCAGACGCUCCCCAAAACCAACAAAAUCAACAAGGACCACAUCCCUGUCCCUUACCAGCCAGACUCCAGCAGCAACCCCUCAUCCACGACGUCCUCCACGCCCUCCUCACCAGCACCCCCCCUCCCCCCCAGCGCCACGCCGCCUUCUCCCUUGCACCCUUCCCCACAGUGCACAAGACAGAAAAAGAACUUCAACCUGCCAGCCUCCCACUACUACAAAUAUAAGCAGCAGUUCAUCUUCCCAGAUGUGGUGCCUGUACCGGAGACGCCCACCCGGGCGCCCCAAGUCAUCCUGCAUCCUGUCACCUCCAACACAAUCUUGGAAGGAAAUCCAUUACUUCAGAUUGAAGUGGAACCAACCUCAGAGAACGAAGAGGGCCACGAUGAGGCCGAGGAGUCUGAGGAUGAUUUUGAGGAGAUGAACCUGUCCCUCCUCUCAGCCCGGAGCUUCCCACGCAAGGCCAGCCAGACCAGCAUCUUCCUUCAGGAGUGGGACAUCCCCUUUGAGCAGCUAGAGAUUGGCGAGCUCAUCGGGAAGGGCCGCUUCGGGCAAGUGUACCACGGACGCUGGCACGGUGAGGUGGCCAUCCGGUUGAUUGACAUCGAGAGGGACAAUGAGGACCAGCUGAAGGCCUUCAAGCGGGAAGUGAUGGCCUACAGGCAGACGAGGCACGAGAAUGUGGUGCUCUUCAUGGGAGCCUGCAUGAGCCCGCCCCACUUGGCCAUCAUCACCAGCCUCUGUAAGGGUCGGACUCUCUACUCUGUGGUGAGGGACGCCAAGAUUGUCCUGGAUGUCAACAAAACCAGGCAGAUCGCACAGGAAAUUGUGAAGGGCAUGGGCUACCUGCAUGCCAAGGGAAUCCUUCACAAGGACCUCAAAUCAAAGAAUGUUUUCUAUGACAACGGUAAAGUGGUCAUCACGGACUUUGGGCUCUUCAGCAUCUCUGGGGUACUGCAGGCUGGCAGACGGGAAGAUAAGCUGCGUAUCCAGAAUGGCUGGCUGUGUCACCUGGCCCCAGAGAUCAUCCGCCAGCUGUCCCCUGACACAGAGGAGGACAAGCUCCCCUUCUCCAAGCACUCGGAUGUCUUUGCGCUCGGCACCAUCUGGUAUGAGCUCCACGCCAGGGAGUGGCCAUUCAAGACUCAACCAGCAGAGGCAAUAAUUUGGCAGAUGGGCGCAGGCAUGAAACCCAACCUCAGCCAGAUUGGCAUGGGAAAAGAAAUCUCGGAUAUCCUGCUCUUCUGCUGGGCCUUUGAACAGGAAGAGCGGCCCACCUUCACCAAGCUCAUGGACAUGCUAGAGAAACUGCCAAAGCGAAACCGCCGCCUCUCGCACCCCGGGCAUUUCUGGAAGUCUGCAGAACUGUGACCAUGGACAUGGGCCAGCAUCACCCCCAAACCGCCUCUUCUUCCCUGCUCUGCCCUCUGCCACCUCGGGAGGCCCCAGCUCACCACCAGGGGGUCCCGACACAGCCAGCCUGGGAGACCUGUGUGAUGACGUGAAGACCACGGAGGCUGACAACAUCUUGGACCUGCACCCCUUUACUCAGUCAGUAUCAGGGACCCCUGAGCUAGGAUCAAACUGGACCAGUGAGGGUCCAGUGCACGGUACAGAGAGCUGCUGACUGAACACCACACCUCCGGGCUAUGGAGACAAAGGCACAGGCCCUGUGGACAGACUCUCUCGCAGGACCCGUGCGCGCACACGUGUCUCUGUGUGGACGGGGCCUCCAGCUUUCUUUGCACCCGGACAAGCCUGCCCAGCUAUGGAGUGUCCCAGCUGUGCUAUCCCAGACACAGGACAGGGAUGGAAGCAGGAACGACAGGCCUGCUCCCUUGAGUCAAGGCUCCCAGGCCAAGGUCAGAGUGGGGAGAGGUGGGCUAAGCUUGUGAACCUCCAUUCCAAGCUGGAAGUGACUGCUGGCCCCUGGGUACACAGCCCCGAAGGACACUAGGCAGUUCUCUGUGUCUUUUUAGCACGGGGGGCUCUCUGGGGACCUUCCUUCUGCUUCACCUUCAUCCUGUUUUGUGAGAACAUCAUCCUGCCUCAACUCACUGCCCACCCUCGCCUGGGCAACUGGAGAACACCAUGGCUUCUCAGUCGAUAGGACAUCUGGGGGUCCUUUAUAGUGGGCUGUCAUUCAUGGCACCCCCAAAGUCUGAGGCCUGAGAACUGGGGCUGUGGGAAGAGGGUUCUGGUACAUUCUCUUCGGCACUGACACUGCUGGAGUUGGUUCUCCCACAGUGAUGGAUACAGGUCCUGGGUAGGCAUAGUGGGUUGCAUGGGUGUGCGGAAAGCUGUUUACAAAGUUCUCCCUGACUCUCACCCACUGCGUUCCUUGCCAGGGCUUGAGGAGGGGAGGCAUGUGUGGAGCUUCCGUGGUCUCUGCUCUGGCCUGGUGCUGAGUCCUCCGAGUGGAUUCCCCACUCAGGGCCCUGUGGCCCUGUGCCGCCCACCUAUUCUGCCCACUCAGCCCAUCUGCCAUGUUGUCUUUCUCUCCCCGCUGGAGAUGGAAGUACUUCUGGUCUAUGUUGCUCUGCCCCACCCCUCCCCCACCACAGUACCCCAUCUGAGGGUUGCUGAGAAGAGAUGGUACAGAGUGAACUGAAGGGAGUGCCCUGAGGUCACGGAUCAUGUUUGCAAAGCCCGUCCCCAGUGAUCAGAUUUGAUGCGAGAAGAAAAGCUGUCCCCAAGCAGAGAACUAGCAGAGGAAGCAGGAUAGAGAAAUCCAAACAAACAUCCAGAAUUGUCCCCUUCCUUGGUGGCCCUAUUGGAUGAGCACCCUGGGGCCAAGCCUGCUUGCAAAACAGGAAGAUUGAUUGACAGUGGUCACACUUCAAGAGAGACCCUCA